CCCAUACCCUCGGUCUUCAACACUUAUUUAGUUGAUGUUUUACUGGAUUGAGAAUCCACAAGGUGAAGAGAACCCUGUAGCAUCAUUUCUCAAUGUAUUCGAAUGUAGGCCAGUAAACCCGUGGAAGUUUGUCGCGUUGGCGUUGCGGGGGGCUUUCCGUGCGAACCUUGGCGCUGAGACGACCUUUCUGGGUGCGAAUUUGGCGAUGCAGGAUCCCAGUCGUCCUCGUGCUACUGUCGAAGCGAGUUAGCAACAUCUCUACGGCGCCGCGACAGAUCUUAAUUUUCUUGCACGAACGAGCACACGACGGACGGCGUUGCAGUGUCGCGUUACGGCAGCGUGUGGUUGCCCAUACACCAUCCUGCAGUUAGAACUUCUCUCAACGACAAUGAAGGGUAUCGUUUGCGUGAAGCGGGUCAUCGACUACGCCGUCAAAGUCCGAGUGGCGAAGGACAAAGCCGGUGUGGAAAUCAAAAAUAUGAAGAUGUCGAUGAAUCCGUUCUGCGAAAUCGCAGUCGAGGAAGGGAUACGAAUGAAGGAAAAAGGCAUCCUCUCCGAGCUCAUAGCCGUCUCAAUAGGAGCGGACAAGGCACAGGAGACGUUACGACAAAGUCUCGCAAUGGGCGCAGACCGGGCGAUCCUGCUAAAAACGGACCUGAGAACUGAUCAAGACCUACAGCCACUGGUAUUUCCAUUUCCUGUUCCUGAAGCUGAACAUUGCAAAUUACUUUAGUUUUUGGCGUAAUUACUUUCUGCUUCAAGAUCAAGAACAGUGACGAUGAUGAAUAAAGGCGUAGGCAGAAGACACGCUGCGAUCGUGUGACCGCAUCACCUCCCAGGCAGUCGCAAAGCUCCUGCAGAAGAUAGUGGAGAAAGAGGGCCCUAACCUUGUUUUAUGCGGAAAGCAGGCAAUAGACUCGGACAGCAAUCAGACCGGACAGAUUCUCGCAGGUAAUGGGUUUUCAACGUUCUGAGUGAGCAAGAAGAACACGAAAAAUUUAGAUCAUCUAAUUCUAUGUAAUAUUCCUUUUUUACCUCUUCUUAAUAAGUGGUGCCUUCUUUUAACGAGUUACACCCCAGCUGCUUUCACCUUUGCACGACAACGUUUAGGUCUACUCGGCUGGUCACAAUCGACCUUCACUUCCGCAUGCAGCUUCAGCGACGCCAAGGAUGGACUGGUCGUGGAACGUAAUACAGUUCUGCUUUUUGCGACCUUGUUGUUGAUGCACAUACAGAUUCGCUUUCCCCUUCUGUCUUUUAGCGAGUUCAGUCUGCACAAGCAAGGUGACACAAUGAAGCGAGAAGAGAAGCUGGCUCAGUAUUAGUAUUGCUAACUACGAUGGCUUCUUGUUUUUUCCCUUAUUAGGUGAGAUCGACGCUGGAAUCCAGACUCUAAAAGUAGCUCUGCCAGCGGUUGUAACAACGGAUUUGCGAUUGAACGAUCCGCGAUAUGCGACGCUGCCGAACCUCAUGAAAGCAAAGAAGAAGCCGCUCGAUAAAAUCGACGCCGACUCACUGGGCGUAGACUUGGCGGGGAGAGUGAAGGUUCUCAGCGUCGAGGAACCGGAAACACGCGCCGCGGGUGUCAAAGUGGCCGAUGUCAACGAAUUGGUGGACAAGCUGAAAAACGUAGCAAAAGUCAUUUAAUAGAACCAGUCACGGGUUCCACUAGUUCGUGUGUGGUAUAGCUCAACCUCUUACAUAAUUUAGAAAUAAUUUGCGCGAUGUUCUACAACUAAAUGUGGUCUUCUCUGACUUCAUGAUUGAUGCACAGACAGGCUCAUUGGUUCUGACAAUUUUUAACUCAACGCUGACGCUGACCAAAAUUUAGAUAUCUUUCACAUGCAGAUUUUUUAGAUGGAGGAGAAUUUGGGUCCCCUUCCCACCAGAAAAUGGGGCUUCUACUUUUUCGUAAUUGCAAAGGGAGCUCGGUGGUGAAGCCCACCAUCCGCAACCGAAGCUUUUGAUCCACAACAUGAAAUUUUUUGAAACCACUCAUUUUUGUAAAUUGCGGAGGCGAUUGCCUGCGCGUGUGGCUUCAUCUACUAAACCCAGUGCGAGUUCCCUGUAUUCGUGUUUUCGCAGUGACCACAAAACGAAUAGCUUGACGAGAGCACAAGAUAUCUGUUCCCUUGAUGACGACUUUGGUUUGAAAAAGACCCAUGCCUAAUGUGAAACUUCCAGGUCGAGUUCGUCGAGCAAGAAAUUUAGAAAAUUUGCACAAUCGCAAGAAAUUUUUUCGGC